GCUCCACAAGAAUUAAAUUAAAGCACCAAUUCCACCAACUUUUCUAGCCGUUAACCGCCUCGGCCCGUUCAAAUUCGAAACCCGAACUUCAAUCUUCAUCUUCCCACUUCGCCCUCGCAGCACUCUCGAUUCCGCUCCGUGUCUGUGCUCCUUCACAGCCCCAUUUGCUUCCACGCAGAGACUCCAUGGGCGUGAAGAUGCAAGAAGCGCUCCAACCUUCGCCGGCCGGAGUCGGAGACGACAAGCUCCGGCGCAAGCCGGGCCGGAAGCCUCUCCAGCCUAGGAACUCUCCGGCCCCUCUUCCCUCCGGCGACCAGCCGAAACCGAAGCCGAAGCCUGAGAGGAUCGGGAUCGGGAUCGAGACCUCGCCGGUGUUCCUCGAGUCGGACAAGGAGAACCGCCCCUAUCCGCCGCCGUCGCCCCGCGCCGCCGCGACUCCUCCGGCGAAGGUGGAGCAGCUGGACUCGUCGCUAGCGGAGGAGCUGGUCGCGGUGAGGAAGAAGCUGGAGAGGCUGAAGGCGGACGGGGAGAGGACGGAGGCCGUGCUGAAGGAGAGGGACGGGUUCCUGGCGACCAAGAUGAGGGAGGUCGAGGAGUGGGGGGAGGUCCAGAAGCUGCUCGAGAUCGAGGUGGAUCGGCUGUACCGAUUGAAGCAGCUCAAGCUUUCGCUCGAGAGAGUGUCGCCGAUUCGAUCGCUGAGAGAGAGGUCUCACAUCAAUCAGGAACCAAAAUUGGAGAACAGAGAGGAAUCGGUGGGGGAAUGUGAAGCGCCGAGCCGGAGCUCUGUCUCUUCGAAAUCGAGUGCAGAUGGGGAUUGAUUCGAUACUGAUUUUCUUGUAUUUGGGUUUUGAUUCAGAAAUUUGUUUGUAACUUCACUUUCCUCGUUGAAGUACAUGGAAGAUUCGGCAAAAGCAUCA